UCUGGGGCGCAGCCGGGGCCGCCUUUCCGGGCCCUCGGCUUCCUCCGGCGCGCCCCGCCCCUCGGGCUCGCGGGUGCCGCGGCCCCCUCUCGGCCGGGCCUCGGGCGGGCAGCGCGGGCCGGUCCCGGCGGCGCGCGCGGCAGGGGCAGCCACAGAGAGCCUGCGUCAGCGCCUCCCGGGAAGAUGCUGCGUGCAGGCCCCGCCCUGGGAGUGCUGUGGUUCUGCCUGGCAGGAGCCGUGGAGGUCCAGGUCCCCGAAGACCCCGUGGUGGCCCUGGUGGGCACCGACGCCACCCUGCGCUGCUCCUUUGCGCCUGAACCCGGCUUCAGCCUGGCGCAGUUGAGCCUCAUCUGGCAGCUGACGGACACCAAGCAGCUGGUGCACAGCUUCGCGCACGGCCGCGACCAGGGCAGCGACCCGGGCAGCGCCUACGCCAACCGCACGGCGCUCUUCCCGGAGCUGCUGGCGCAGGGCAACGCGUCCCUGCGACUGCUGCGGGUGCGCGUGGCCGACGAGGGCAGCUUCACCUGCUUCGUGAGCAUCCGGGACUUCGGCAGCGCGGCGGUCAGCCUGCAGGUGGCGGCCCCCUACUCGAAGCCCAGCAUGACCUUGGAGCCCAACAAGGACCUGCGGCCCGGGGACACCGUGACCAUCACGUGCUCCAGCUACCGGGGCUACCCGGAGGCGGAGGUGCUGUGGCAGGACGGACAGGGCGCGCCCUUGACCGGCAACGUGACCACGUCGCAGAUGGCGAACGAGCAGGGCCUGUUUGAUGUGCGCAGCGUCCUGCGGGUGGUGCUGGGCGCCAACGGCACCUACAGCUGCUUGGUGCGCAACCCGGUGCUGCGGCAGGACGCGCACGGCUCGGUCACCGUCACAGGGCAGGCCAUGACAUUUCCCCCCGAGGCCCUGUGGGUGACCGUGGGGCUGUCUGUCUGUCUCGUGGUACUGCUGGUGGCGCUGGCCUUUGUGUGUUGGAGGAAGAUCAAGCAGAGCUGCGAGGAGGAGAAUGCCGGGGCAGAGGACCAGGACGGGGAUGGAGAUGGCUCCAAGACCGCCCUGCGGCCUCUGAAGCACUCUGAAAGCAAAGAAGAUGAAAUCGCCUGACCCCGGAGCCCCGGGAGCAGCUGCCCCCGGCCCCGGGCGGGCUCUCUCCCGGGGACACGGGCCUGCUGGGCCAGGUCUGUGCCUCCUGUGAGUGACACUGUGCCCUCGUCGUCCUGCUGCCUUACCGCUCCUCGACACAAUCCCAGCGCCUUACUUCUUAGGGACACAGGGCCCAGACCACACCACCUUAUUUCUGACCACCUGGCUGCCUUUUUUAUUUUUAAUCCAAAAGACAGGGCGUUCUGAGCCGGCCCCGCCUCCUUCCUCCUCAUACUCACCCCCUGCCUUGCUUCUCACCUCCUCACCCCGCCACAGCGGCCCCGCAUCUCCUAGGGUCUAGGGGCUGCCUCCUGCCUGCAGCCUAGCCGGCCCCGCUCUGACCCCGGCCCCGCACGCAGGGGGGCGGACCCACGGCCACGUGCAGGAACACGUGCGGGCGCCCCCUGGUGGUCACCAUCGCGGUGCCCUCCCUGCUGCCUGCCCUGCCCCGGGGCAGCCUGUGCUGGUCACACUGGGUCUGGGGUCUGCUUCUCCCCGACUGCAGCUUUUGUUGUUUGCCAUCCAUUCGGUCACUGUUCACGGGGUGACAGGGGUGUCGGCGCCGGGCUAGGUACUGGGGACCCCGGUGAGAAGACCAGUCCCCCACCCCACCCCACCCCUGCUGCCCACCCCCCACUUGGAAGCGGGGUCUGUGGUUUCCUGGGGACAGCUCUGCCUCUGCCCCCAGCUGCCUGGAUACCUCACCCCCAUCUCGUCCCCUAAUCUUUCCCCGGAGCUUGGGAUGGGAGCAGAAAGCAGGAGUAGGGGGACGCGGCCUGAGCCGGCAGCCAGGGCCCUGCCAACCUCGCACAGCCGAGCGUGGGGCCUGUCCUCGCUGGCCACAGCCUGGGAUGGGGCAGAGCCAAGAGGGGUCCCCGCGGUGCUACUCCAGGCCGGGAAGCCGCCUCCCGCUGUCUCGGCCAGCCCCGAGCCCUGGCAGCAAGAACUGCUGAGGCCGAUGGCGCCCCUACCCCACGAAUGGAGGCGGGAGGGCUUCUUAUUUAAGUGUGGGACUCAGGGCUUUUGUAAACCGGGGAGGGGGGAGGAUUUGGGGGAAAAAUAAAUGCCUUUGUAAGAA